UCUGCCUCAGACGGCAGCUUUAAAAUAGCAAUUUCGCUCAUUUCCUUCACUUAUAUCUUAAAUCUUGUCCUCAUUCAUCUACACAGUCCUCAGGAAUAUGCAGAUAUGUAUUGGAGAGGGCGUAUAAUGCAACCACGAUCCACUGGAAUCCUGAAUUCUUGCAGCUGAUUGGCUGCUGGGUGCUGCCUCUUGUUGGGAUGGACCUGUUGGAUAAAAGGACCAUUUUCUAAAGGACUGUGUGUUACACAGAGGAUCAUGCACCGGGAACCUUUCAUGUAAAACGCUAUAAAAGAAAUAGGCCUUUCAAACAGCAUCGAAGACACCAUGACAGGGAAACAAGGCGCCGUGCUGUUGGAGAGUUUAAAUCUGUCGGAGAAAACCUCUCUGUGUGCAAAUGGAGGGACUACCAGCCACCAGCCGAAGAGCAGCGCCACCCAUCCAACGCCAAGGUGCACCGGCUUCGGCAUCCAGGAGAUACUGGGGCUCAAUAAAGAACCUUCCACAACCCCAAGAAGCCCACUAAGCUCGCUGCCGGCCGGGGCGCACCUGAUAGCCGCCAGGUCCGUACUGGGCCCUGCUGCUGUGGGUGUGGGGAUGGGAUUAAUCGGCCCUGGUGGAAUUCCGGCGUUUUACAGCCAACCAGCGUUUUUGGAGACGGUGCUGUCCGACGGACAGGAUCUUCACCUGCAGCAUCACAGCAGGUCCGUGGGACCGCUGGACACCAGCCAGUCAGCCAGCUCAGACUCCGAUGAUUUAUCUUCAAAUGAGCGAAAACUCUCAAAAUCAUCAGUAAGUCAGAGCAAGAAACGCAAGAAAAGACGUCACCGGACCAUAUUCACCUCAUAUCAGCUGGAGGAGUUGGAAAAGGCCUUUAACGAAGCACAUUAUCCAGAUGUUUAUGCCCGAGAGAUGUUGGCCAUGAAAACAGAAUUACCCGAAGACAGAAUACAGGUAUGGUUUCAGAACCGCAGGGCCAAGUGGAGGAAGCGAGAGAAGUGCUGGGGUCGCAGCACAGUGAUGGCUGAGUAUGGGCUGUAUGGAGCCAUGGUGAGGCAUUCAAUCCCUCUGCCAGAGUCCAUCCUCAAGUCAGCCAAGGAUGGCAUCAUGGAGUCCUGCGCCCCCUGGCUGCUCGUCCAAGAUGGCUUACCAAUCAACAGACGAUAUUCUAAAUCUGAAUACCCGCAACUUUUUGCAGGGAUGCACAAAAAAUCCAUGGAAGGAGCAGCUACCCCACCAACAGGGAAAUGUGAUGCCCCCCAGCAGCCGAGCACUCAGAGGCCAGAGGACGCUGAGGCAGAGGAGAAGAGGUCAGAGGGCAAGUCCACAAUUUCUAAAGAGGAACUGAGAGAGAACAGCAUUGCUGCACUCAGGGCCAAAGCACAGGAGCAUAGUGCCAAAGUGCUGGGGACUGUUUCUCAUGACAGACUGAUGGAGGGAAAACAGGAGAGACAGAAAGCCGAGGAGAAGGCCAGUAAUCCCCCAAGUCCAGCAGAGGAGCAGAGAAGUCCCUAGAAACUAUCAAGAUGCUAAGGAUUGUUAUUCUCAAGAGUGAGUGUGGAGGACUGACUCCUUAAAGCAUGAGUACGGACUUACCAACACAGAUUUUCAUCCCUUACUGACCUCUCUAAACAGGCCUGCAUCUGGACCUCUAAGGAGAAAACUCAUGCAGAUGGCUAGUGCACAGAACAUACAAAUGCACUUUUUCUGAUUUCCUUUUAAACUUACUCUUGUUGCUUGUCUAGAGUAGAGAUGAUAUGACAGAGUGUGAGUAAGAAAUGUGGAUGUAUAUAAACUCCACAGUUAUAUAUAGAGCCAGAUGAGUAAAUGUUUAUCCAGUAUAACGUCUUUAGCACAAUAAAUACUACUAAUGGCCAAUAAGAAGUCAGUGGACAGGCUAAGUUACAUUCUUGACUUUCAUUAUAAUUGUGCUCAUGCAGUUACUAAAUGGCGACAUUUUAGAUAAGACCCAUCCCACCGACAGUAAGAAAAAGAAAGUAAUCGUUGUCCUAUAUUGCGCUGUAUAUAAUUGAUAUAUUAAUCUUUCUGACAAAGGCACAAUUUGACAUAUGUUUUCUUGUAGUUUUAAAAUGUCUGUGUUUUCA